AUGUUUGGAUUUGAUAUGCCUCAUUUACCGGGAUCGUAUAGAGAAGAAUAUAUCAAAACCAAAGUUAGCAAAAACUACUAUAUGUACAGUGCAUAUAGAAAAAGGCUUCGCAUCAUUGCCAAGAACUACACGGUUCUGCCUAUCUGCCAGAAGAACAAAAUCCUUCCCGUUCAAGCAAUAUACUAA